GUAAAUUACUCCGUAUAAAUUUGUUUUUCUCGAAGAAAGCAGCCGAAUUACAAUUAGGAAACAAACGCAAAGUCUUGAGGAGCAAGGAGUAUCUGAGUAUAUAGGGAUUAGGGAUUAGGGAUUACGGAGUAAUAUACUAGUAUAUGCUCAAGUCUGCAGAUUGUCUUCCUUGAAAGAGAAAAUCUGUACUUAAAAAAACCCAAUUCUGCAGAGUUUUUGGUGCAAUCACAAAGAUCAAGGACAGUCAUGUCACGUGGGAACUACACAAACCCAUGUCUGACUAUGCAUCAGCCAUGGGCUUCUUUGCUGAUUCAGGGCAUCAAACGUAUCGAGGGAAGGUCCUGGCCUUCCCCCAUUACAGGUCGGCUUUGGAUCCAUGCUGCUGGGAAGGUACCAGAACCAGAGACUAUAAAAGCAAUGGAAGACUUUUAUAGGGAGAUAUAUGCGGUUAAUGGCAUUACUGAUCUCCAGUUUCCAGAACAUUAUCCUGUCUCAAGACUUCUAGGGUGUGUUGAAGUGGUUGGGUGUGUAACCCGAGAAGAGCUCGUGAACUGGGAAGAACUUCCAGAAGGGGUGAGAUUAGAAGGACUGACGGACUUUUGCUGGCUCUGUGAGAAACCAGAGAAACUUAUCAUUCCAUUUGAGAUGAGGGGGCGUCAAGGCGUUUAUAAUUUGGAAAGGAAGGUGUAUGAGGGCGCAGUAAGAGGUCUAACUCCAGUCACACCUCCGCUACCAGUAGAAUUCCGUCUCCCGAUUCCGCAGAACCCGUCCUCAUUGAAGCCAGUAUCACUUACUCCUCCUUCCUCUAACAGUAUUUCAUCUGAUAAAAAACCAAACAGGUCUGAAAGUCUUGUUUCAGCAAUCGCGGGUGCCCGGGCAGCUGCCACACAGUUCUCAAAGCCCCAACCCAGCUUCCAGACACCCUCAAAGAACAGCGGUUUCCCGACCAUCGAGGAAUGGAGACCGGUCUCAUGCAGUACGAGGAAUAAAUCCAAAUAAGCUUCAGUAAGAUGUGUACCAUAUGUGUAUACGGUUUACAUUGUUGAGGAGUAACUUGUAAUGAUAAUCAUGUAAUAUCUCAAUCUCCGAUUUAUUGACCUUAAUAAAAGCUAUUAAAUAUUUUUCAUGCAUUGGACCGGUCCGGUUCUGACCGGCCCAGACCGCCA